AUGAAAAAAGUGUCGAUCAACCAAAUAGUAUCAAAAUGUCAGGGACGAGAAAAGGAGGAAAAGCAAAAGCAAAGGCAAAGUCUAGGUCAUCCCGUGCCGGGACUUCAGUUCCCAGUCGGGUCGUAUCCACAGACUUUGAGGAAAGGAAACUAUGCCGAGAGAGUUGGUGCCGGUGCACCAGUGUACCUCGCAGCUGUCUUAGAAUACUUAGCAGCUGAAGUAUUGGAGUUGGCAGGAAACGCCGCUCGUGACAACAAGAAGAGCAGAAUCAUUCCCCGUCAUCUCCAGUUGGCCAUCAGAAACGACGAAGAGUUGAACAAACUCUUGUCUGGUGUCACCAUUGCCCAGGGAGGUGUUUUACCAAACAUCCAGGCUGUACUUCUGCCAAAGAAGACCCAGAAAGCUGCCAAGUAA